AUGGCAGAAACUGAAGUAAAAAAAUUAACUAAGAAACAACAGAAAGCUCUGCAAUUUAGAAAGAAGAAAGAUGAGCCUAGCACUGAUAUAGGUUCCAAAAGAACAUCAAGUGAAAGUUCCACUAAUGAUAAUGAUGAAGAACCUGUUAAGAAAAAGAGAAAGACAAGAAGAGGUCGUGGUGGUAAAGGUCGUGGUGAUAAGAAAGGUAACAGAUUUAUAGUCUUUGUCGGUAGUUUACCAAAAGACAUUACAGCUACUGAAUUACAAUCCCAUUUUAAAUCAAGUUCACCGGAUCAUAUUAGAAUUAGACAAGAUAAAGGUAUUGCAUUUUUGGAAUUUGAUGCUGAUAAGGAUCCAACAAAUAUUCAAAGACGUAUGGAUGUUGCUUUAUUACAACAUAGAACUCAAUUGAAGGGUAAACCAAUUAAUGUCGAAUUAACUGUAGGUGGUGGUGGUAAUAGUCAAGAAAGACUAGAAAAAUUAAGAGUAAAAAAUGAAAAAUUAGAAGAAGAGAGACGAGAAAGAGUCCGUAAUAUGGUCAAAGAAAGUAGUAAAAAAAGUAAACCAGCUGAUCCAAAGGAUGGUAAUACAGGUGCUAGCGGUGGUGUGCAUCCAGAUAGAGCAAAGCUAAUACAAAGACAAUGA